AUGACAUCUGCUACAUCGUCUUCUUCAGUAGCUGCAUGCAUUUCUAAUCCAGCCUGUAUAUCUACUUCAAUUCUUCCGGCCCUCUCAACAACCCAGCCGCAUCCCAUCCCCAUGGGGACAUCUCUGACCGUUGUCUCUGGUUUUACUGGUAGUCCUGGUGGCCCUGCUGGGCUGUUAACGGCAAGCAACAUUCCUUCACUAAAUGCUUCUAAUAGCAUAAAUCAUCUCAACAGUCUCAUUCCAACCUCUACUCCACUUUCUUCUUGUACAGACCCUUCAACGCCAUUAUAUUAUGACAGUCAUACAAACCCAACGGGGCCUCAAUUCUAUCAUUCGACCGUUUCUUUCCAUUCAAUACCCUCAGGUAACCAACAUUACAUCUCAUCGGCGGCCCCAUUAACCCCUCAUCCUGCUUCUAAUAGUCCAAGCUUUGUAACACUGACUCCGCCUCUCCCCAUUUCACAACCUCAUCCCUCUCAAACUCCACCUGUUUCUGUUGUGUCGCCCCAUACUGUCACCCCUCCACAACCCCCUCUUCAUGGGUGUUCUCAUUUGGCCUGCUCCCCAAUGCAAAGUGGCGUGUUCGUCUCACCGAACCAACACUCUUAUUCAAUUAGUAUGACAUGCCCUCUCCCAUCCCUACUCGGUUCUUCUGCCCAUUCUAUUCCUUUAGUCCCAUCCCCUACAGAAGCUGUUGCCGCAGCUCCCUCUUCUCCAUUGUCUAACACUUCCUCCAUUUUACCAACUUCAGGCAUGGUAAUAACGGCAUCUCAAGCAACGUCUAUUGACAUCACGGGUAUCAAAGACAAUUCCGAUAAAGUUGCUUGUUCUACCCCUCCAAAUUCCACUAAUCCUCCCUCUUCAUCUUUAUCAUCUUCACAUUCCGGCUCAAAUGAAGCUUCUAUUAGUGAUUCUUUGCGGCCACAUAUGAGCUGCCCAAGUCCGUGCUUAUUUGUCGAAAAUAUUCAGGGAAUAUCUGAUCGGGAACCAUCGCGUAUGGUUGCAUUCUCGCCAGAUUCAUCCGAGAGAAGAAUGAUAUCUAAGACUUUGGAAUCUACACCACGUUCUCCUUCACUUGGAACCUGCUGUAGAUGCGAUCAACCAUCGACCCGAGAGGAUCCCUUCCUCAUAUGCAAGGACUGUAACAUUCGAGGUAACUUUGAUUUAUAA